AUGUCGAAAGAAAGUAAUAAUUUGCGGUUACUUGGUUCACCUGUUAAUUUAUCAUAUAGAAAUAAAAAGCGAGAAGAUAAGAAGAAUAAUAAAGGUCGGCCCCGUUCAGCUCUACAAAAUUCCUCUGUUUCGGAUAGCCAGGAACAUUACAAGAGACCUUUCUCUGCUGAUACAAAGGACAGGGCACCAACAACUAGGUCUUUUUUCAAGGCCUUUAGUGCUGAACUGCUUCAGUCAUACAGUAAUUCUCCACUUACUGUAAAAGUGUUGCCGCCGACAGAGCAAUUGCUAGGAACUUCUAAAACAUUUGAAAAAAAUGCUUUUAAAAAGAAUAAGGAGAUAUGUAGCAAUGCCUCGGAUAUUGGUUCAGAGGAUACAUUUAUAAGCUUAGGUACUAAAAUUAAAGCCAAAGCACAAUCGGGACCAAAAAACAGAAAUUCAAAUCCAAAGAAUGCUUUAAGAUACAGAAGCAUAGCUAAGAAAAACAAAAAAAAUAUGGAUGACACAAAUAAUUGUUUGACUAAAGAUAAUUAUGGAAUGGAAAUAACUAUAACAGAACGACCAAGAUCUACAUCACCUAUUAGAUACAGGGAUAUAUACCAACAUAGAUCAUAUUCACCUCCUUUAAAGACCCAAUAUGAAUCAUAUUUUUUAGCCUUCAAUGAAAACUAUAAAAACACUCAUGUGCCUAACUAUACAUCUUCCUUGAGCGUAGAUGAGGCUAAUGCAUUGGAUGUUUUUGACCGUCGGCAGGUGCAAACAAAACCACAACUGUCUUUAGUGGAGGAAGAAUCUACACAAGAUCUCGAUAGUAAUGUUUCACAAAAUGUGAUUAGCUUGCCACGUGACAGUGGUUGUCUAGACAAUAAGGAUUUAAAACAAAAUGACAGUAAUGAUUUAAAAUUUACAACAAACUGUUUAGAUAAUAGCGAUAAAGAGAAAGAAGAUUUUACAAAUGAAUCACACACUUACAGAGCAUUUUUGAAUGAUUUCCAUAAAAAUUUAAUGGACAAAAGUAAAACAAGCUCAAGAGUUCACACAGAUUCUUCUUCUAAGGAUUCUGGUUACCCAGAGAGUGCUGUCAAAGAAGAUAAACAGUAUUAUCAAAAUUAUUCACUGCCUUCGACAUCCUUCAAUCUGAUAUCACAUGAAAGCAAAGAACCCAGAAGCUUUGAUAGUGCGUCAUCUAAAGAAAAUUCAGAUAAAUGGGCGGAGCCCUUAAACCACAGUAGAUUACUAUACAAAGAUUUUUUUCUUAAGAAAGAAGGUAAUUUAGCAUUACCGCCACAAAAUACACCUAAAAACGACAAUUCACCAAGUACAAGUGAAGAUUCCACUAGCUCAAAAUUAGAUGAUAAUGUUAAUUUAGAAUAUCCAUCAUAUCUCCUGAAUAGUUCUACUAAAGCAUACACUUCUAAGGUUAUUGAAGAUUACAAAAAAGAAAUAGCUGCUAUAAAUACAUUGCACGAGCUUACUUUAAAAGAUAUAAAAACCGACGCAAUUUCGCCUACACCUCUCAACAUCAAUGAAAUGUUUGACCAAUAUUCUACCACAAACGACAAUUCAACCUCCAAUAAUGAAAAUUCUAAAGUAACUGAUAAGAAUUUGUUAGACGCAAAGAGCAGUGAUAUAUCAAAGGUCUCAACUAAGGAGUUAAUACAAAAUUACCUAAAGGUGAAGAGUGAUUAUAAACCGGAAAACGUAAGGAACACAAAAAAGUUCGAUAAGAAAUUUAACAAUAUACAGUCUAAGAAUGAAGAAAAUUCGGGCUACAAAAGAUUUUGGAAUAACAGAAAUGCAAAGAAUGUAGAGAAAAAUUUAUCAGCAAAUACACAGAGCAAUGGUUUUACAACACGCACUCCAUUAAGUGCGCGAAUAGACAGUGUUCAAACAGACAAAGAUAUAGAAUCUUGGAUGUCACUCUCUGCUUCAUCUCCGAGACUCCUAGAGCUAGAUAAAGAGGAUACAAUAGAUAUAACACAGAAAAAAGAACAAGCACAAAGACCAAAAAGUCCACUAACCAAAGAAAUUGAACCAGAAAAGACUGAAACUCCAAUUAAUACUGAUAUUGAAAAGUCAAAGGAAUUAAGUGCUAAUUCCACAGUACUUGAUAUUUAUUCAAUGCUUAAAGAAAUAGAGAGUUAUGGUGACAACCCAGUGACUUCAGUAGCUAAUACGCAAAUGUCUAAAUCAGAAUCUAAAGAAGAAGAAAGAAGUUUUAGUCCAAAGGAUAAUUUUAUGGAAAUAUUCCAGUUUUUGGAGAAAGUUGAACAAAGUGCGAACGACGCGUUAUCCGUAGUUACAACUACAACACCUCAGACAAUGCCUAAACUGGAAUCACUACUUAAGUUGCCACAAACGGAGCUCGCUCAGCGCUUAGUGACGGCCUCUUUACAGUUAGAAGAAAGGUCUUGUUGUAUUGCCCUGUUGCAGGAAAGCCUUACGAAUCAUAAAGAACAGAUGAUUUCGAAAAUAAGUAAUCUUGAAAAGCAGUCGCAUCGCAAUAUUGUUAAGGUAAAGCAGGAGUGUGAAGAGACCAUCAAAAGACACCAGAACUUUAUUGAUCAGUUGAUAAACGACAAGAAAACACUAAACCACAGAAUAGAGGAAUUGGUUGACGAGCGAAGAUCUUUAGAGGAAAGAUGGAAGAGAUCUGCGCAAACACUCGAAGAGAGAUAUAAACUGGAGCUAAAAAACCAACAUGACAAAAUGGCCGCUGCACAACAGGUGGCUAGACAACGCUGGGUCCGACAGAAAGCGGAAAAAAUCAAGGAACUAACUGUAAAAGGUUUAGAAGGAGAAUUAAGAGAAAUGGCGGAGAGGCAACAAAAAGAAGUGUCUGAUUUGAAGAUGUUUCAUGCGGAACAAAUUGGUAAACUUAAAGCGCAAUGUGCGAACGAGAGUGAAGAACUCAGGCGUACUCUUGAGAAAGAGAAGGAAGAGGCCCUUGUUAAAGAGAGACAGCUAGCUAGUACCAGGAUGGAGAAACAAAUACUGGAAUUAGAAGUGACGUAUCAAGAGCAAAGAACGAGAUUAGUUGCGGAACUGCGCGCUGAGAACGAACGAGUUGCGCACGAGUUGAGUGAAAGAGAUAGACUACAGAAAGAAGAGUUUGAAAAAUGGCGAGAGGAGCAAGAGCGUUUAUUGGAAAUAAAGAAGCAAAAUAUAGAACUUGAAAUAAAGAAGGAAAAAGAAAAACUUGAGGAACAAAUGAACGAGAAACGCUUACAACUAGAUGCAGAUUUUGAGAAACACAAAAGAGAAUUCGAAGCAGAACAGCAAGUAUUGUUCAAGAGGAGAGUGACAGAGCUAACGGCGCAACACAAAUUGGAGAGAGAUAGAGAGAUCGAGAAGGCCAUAGAGAGUUUGGAAGCGGAAGCUCAGACGGGAAGAAAGGAGCUGCAAGAUGCAUUAAGAAGAAACAAAGAACACUAUGAGACUGAAUUGAAGGAAUUAGCAGAAACUGAAGCAGCGACGUUAAAGCGUUAUCAAGAUGCCCAGGCCAGGAUUAGAUUGCAGGAAGAUAAAUGUGCUGAGAUGGAAGUGAAAAUAAGCCAAUUAGAAACCAGAAAUAGAGUUUUAACAGAGAAAAAUAUACAAUUGGAAGGACGCGCUGAAGAAAUAAAGUCGAGCUGCGAAGAGGCUUGGAAGAAUAAAGUAGAAGCAUUGCAGAGAGAAAUAGAAGAGAUGAAGAAGACACACGAAGAGCAGAUGCAUCAGCUCUAUGCCAAAGUGAAAGUAGCAAGGAAGGAUUUUCUCAAAUCGAAAUAA